AUGGCCGUUCCGAGACGAUACCAUCGCUCAAACUAUACCCAGGAUCGAGGCGACCAUACCCCUGCUCGCAAGCCUAUGGCACGCGAGGUCGAACCCCAAGAUAAUGACCAGAUCUCACUUGCGACUCUGCCCUCCAUCAAUGAGUUCGGCGGUCUAGAUGGCCGCAACGCGUCGCUCCCUUCGUCGUAUCGCCGGCUUCGUAGGUCCCGGUCCAUGUUCGCACCCAGGCAACGCCUUUCUCACAUUUCCUAUGGACACUCACAUCCAGAAGAUGGGGACCAAGCCCUUGGAUCCCCCCUCUCUCACGGAACUUUGAGACGGUCGAUGUCUUUUCUCAGAGGAGGUGCUAGGUCUUCACAUCCAAUUCGGCAUGCGAGAAGCCAGGAGGCUGCAAUCCAGUUAGCUCGAUCUGAGUUCGAAAAGAACAGCAUCGCCAAUGACGCUCAGAGUCGACAUUCGUCUCUAUUCACACUUAAACCAAGGAGAGACUACAGGCCAUUUAGAAAAACGUGCCGUUCCACCAGCACCUCCGGCGUCGAUCCAUAUGAUACACCCUCGUCGGCUGAGCGCUAUCGGAGCACUCCAGCCUUUGGGAGGGCCCGGUCGUUCUCUUCGUCUAUCAAGAGAGGUAUCAAACGUGUCCUGGGAUGGAACCAUUCUAAGCCGCCCUGUGACCCAGCACAACUGCAAACAUCUCCGUGCCAGUCAUUUGAUCAGGAAAACCGCUCACCGCGCAGCAGGCAUUACCAUCAUAGCACUGAGAUUGGAAGUGAAGAAGAACCAAACCAACUUCGACCUAGGUCAAGCUUUGAAAGCCUGGCAACAUCCUCUUCUCGUGUCACGAGCUGGGCGGAUUCGACUGUUGCGAACACCUUCACUACGCGCCGACCUGGCGAGCAGAGUCACUUAUCCAUCAUCCAUGAGAGGGCCACUUCAGGUCAGGAUCUUUCUCAACCUGCAUCGGCUGACUAUCUCCAACGGAAACUGCCCUCCACACCCAGUCCAUCGAAAUACUCUCCUCCCAUUGACAGUCAACGCUUGUAUACCGCCUUGAUGAGAAAGAUCGGCAACCCCAGUGUGAGGAGCUCAGAAGAAGAAAUUGUGUUCGGUCGUGUCAAGGAACAUCGUGCGAUUCCUACGCGCAUGUCGUCUGUGUAUCCGCGCAGUAGCAGACAGACUAUCCGUCCCGUUCCCAGCGACGAAUCCAUUAUUUCCCGGGGAUCUUUUACAACCGCCCGCGCAAACAUUGUAACCCCACAGGCUUCACGCGCUGUGUUUGGGCAGAAGAUGGCUGAGGACGACACAGGUAGCGUCAUCUUCGCUACGCCAGAAGGUCUCCGAGCAUCGCCAGACACCUCUAGCGUCUAUUCGAGGUCCAUUAGCGGAAAUGGGCCAGCGUCAGAAGGAAAGGCCGCCGAUAUAGAGGUCGCUGUUUCAGAAGACGAACCUGGUGUAGCAACAAUCUUUGAGAUCAAGAGGACGACGUACUGUUCGCCCAAUCGAACACCUCGAUCUCCAGCAGAUAUGCCAAUCCGUCCGAGUGUAGACUGGCAGCAGUGGAUGAACACUCAGAUGCAACGGUUCGACAAAGGUGUUCUGACUGCCUACCAACAAUAA